UUCCGGAUCACCAUGGAAAGGGCUGGUCUCUGUCUGGUGGCUGCCAUCCUGGUUUGUUUCCCAGCUUCUUCCCACAGCCAGCUAUACUCCCUCAUUACCCCUAAUGUUCUGAGGGUGGAGAGUGAAGAGAAAGUUGUGGUCGAGGCUCAUGGAUUAAACGUUGCAACAGAAGUCACCAUCAGCAUCCAUGACUUCCCACGGAAACAGAACACUUUGUACUUGGUCAAAGCUGCCAUGAAUCCAGAGAAUGGCAUGAUUGUCACCCCUUCCAUAAAGGUGCCUGCAAAAGACAUGCAGAAGAAUUCCAAGAAUAACCAGUAUGUGAUUGUCCAGGCCACUAGCCCACAAUUCACAUUGGAGAAGGUGGUCCUGGUCUCCUUCCACAGUGGCUAUAUCUUCAUCCAGACAGAUAAAACCAUCUAUACACCUGGAUCUGCAGUGCGCUAUCGUAUCUUUGCUGUGGGUCAUCACCUGGAGCCUGUGACUCAGAGAAGUGUGAUUGUUGAAGUUCAGACACCAAAUGGCGUUGUUGUCAGCCAGAAUUCCAUUCCUUCUACUUCGACAAACGUUCGGCCUUACAACUUACCAGAGAUUGUCACUUUUGGGACUUGGAAGGUUUUGGCCAGGUAUGAAGACUCGCCACAACAGACCUUCAGCACACCAUUUGAUGUUAAGGAAUAUGUGUUGCCAAGCUUUGAAGUUAUACUGGAACCAUCGGAGAAGUUUCUUUACAUUGAUGGUGAGGAGGAUUUCAGAGUGUCUAUCACUGCAAGAUUUCUUUAUGGAAAGAAAGUAGAUGGUGUGGCCUUUGUCCUAUUUGGAGUGAAAAUAGAUGAUGUCAAAAACAGCAUUCCAGAGUCACUCAAGAGAAUUGCGAUUGUAGAAGGGGACGGGGAAGCAGUACUAACAAGAGCCAUGCUACGGAACCGAUUUAAGAACCUCAAUGAGCUUGUUGGUAACUCUCUCUAUGUCUCUGUGACAGUGAUGACAGAAUCAGGCAGUGACAUGGUGGAGACUGAGCGAAAAGGCAUUAGCAUUGUGACCUCUCCUUAUCAGAUCCUCUUUACAAAAACCCCCAAGUACUUCAAGCCAGGAAUGCCCUAUGAAUGUAUGGUAUAUGUCACCAACCCUGAUGGCUCCCCAGCUGCCCAUGUCCCCGUGGUGGCAGAACCUAUCCAGGCUGAUGCAUCUACCCAGAAUGAUGGGACUGCCAAGUUGAUCCUGAAUAUGCCUGAGGGCCAGGAUAAGCAAAGUAUCACUGUAAAAACCAACCAUCCGAGGCUCCAGAGGGAACGCCAAGCCACAAAAACCAUGGAGGCUAUUGCCUACACACCCCAGGAUGCAUCUAGAAAAUUCUAUCUCCAUUUAGCAGUCACAGUUACAGAGCUCAAGGCUGGGGACAACUUGCCAAUCAAUUUCAAUGUGAAGGGCCCCAGCCAAGGCGAUCUGAACCAGAUUAAUUAUUUCACCUACAUAAUCUUGACUAAAGGGAAGAUAUUCAAGGCUGGAAGGCAGCCAAAGGGACCUGGACAGAAUCUGGUGACCAUGUCUCUGCCCAUCGCCCCAGAUCUCAUCCCUUCCUUCCGCUUUGUCGCUUAUUACCAAAUAGGGAACAAUGAGAUUGUGGCCGACUCAGUCUGGGUGGACGUGAAGGAUACCUGCAUGGGAACGCUGGUUGUGAAAGGAGCAACUGAUGCAGACAAUCGUAUUCACGAACCAGGGACUCAAAUGAAAAUCAAGUUGGAAGGAGAUGCAAAUGCUCGGGUUGGUCUUGUGGCCGUGGACAAAGGUGUCUAUGUCCUAAACAAGGAGCACAGGUUUACUCAAACUAAGAUAUGGGACACUGUGGAGAAGAACGACAUCGGAUGUACACCUGGCAGUGGCAGGAACAACUUGGGUGUCUUUACAGAUGCUGGACUGUCCCUGAAGACUAAUACAAUUGUUACACCCCAAAGAUCAGAUCUAAAGUGCCCCCAGGUUGCAAGACGCCGACGCCGACGUCGUUCCAUACAGCUCAUUGAGUCAAAGGCAAAUCAAGCGGCCAAAUAUCAGGAUCCGCAGCUAAAGAAGUGCUGUGAAGAUGGCAUGCAUGAGAACCCCAUGGGAUACAGCUGUGAAAGGCGCGUAGAAUACGUUGCAGAGCAGGAUGCAUGCAAGGAUGCCUUCCUUGAAUGCUGUCGCUUCAUUAAAGGAGUCCGGGAUGAGAGGCAACGGGAGGAACACCUGUUACUGGCAAGAAGUGACUUUGAUGAAGAUUUCUUAUCAGAUGAAGAGAUUAUCUCCAGGACUGAGUUUCCAGAAAGUUGGUUGUGGCAAAUAGAACAGCUGACUGCAGCUCCUAAUCAGCAAGGGAUCUCAUCCAAGACCGUGUCUCUUUACCUGAAGGAUUCCAUCACAACUUGGGAGGUUCUGGCUGUGAGCAUUUCAGACACAAAAGGGAUCUGCGUGGCUGAUCCUUAUGAGAUUACCGUAAUGAAGGAUUUCUUCAUUGAUCUGCGGCUGCCCUACUCAGUAGUAAGGAAUGAACAGGUGGAGGUUCGGGCUGUUCUUUACAACUACAGGGAGGUGGACAUCAAGGUGCGAGUGGAGCUGAUACACAACCCAGCUUUCUGCAGCGCCUCCACUGCUAAAAAACGAUACCGGCAGGAGAUCACCAUUAAAAAGGUGUCCUCCUGGGCAGUGCCAUUUGUGAUUGUCCCAUUGGAGCUGGGAUUGCAUGACAUUGAGGUCAAGGCAGCUGUCUGGGGCCAAUAUGUGUCUGAUGGUGUGAAGAAGAAACUGAAGGUUGUGCCUGAAGGAAUGACAAUAACAAAGGUAAAGAACAUUACAUUGGAUCCUGCUACGGAAGGAAACAAUGGUAUCCAGGAGGUGCUGGUCAAAGCCGUUAAUUUAGAGGAUAUUGUUCCUGAUACAGAACCUGACACCAAAAUUAGCAUCCAAGGAAACCCUGUGGCUCAGCUUAUUGAGGACUCCAUCGAUGGGACCAACCUGAAACAUCUCAUCGUAACUCCUUCUGGCUGUGGGGAGCAGAACAUGAUCACCAUGACACCUUCAGUGAUUGCCACCCACUACCUUGACAACACUGGGCAGUGGGAGAAGUUUGGGGUGAACCGCAGGAGUGACGCCAUCAACCAGAUCUUGAAAGGUUAUGCACAGCAGAUGGUUUACAAGAAAGAUGAUCACUCUUAUGCUGCAUUUAAAGACCGCAAAGCUAGCACUUGGUUAACAGCAUAUGUUGCAAAAGUCUUUGCCAUGGCUUCCAAAGUAGCACUACAAGGUAUUAACCACCAGAUCCUCUGUGGAAGUGUGAAAUGGCUGAUUCUCGAGAGGCAAAAACCAGAUGGUGUUUUCCAUGAAGAAGCCCCUGUGAUCCAUGGAGAGAUGGUGGGAGGUUAUCUAGGUGCAGAACCAGAAGUGUCAUUGACAGCCUUCGUCCUGGUCGCUUUGCUGGAGACCCAAGAAGUCUGCAGGGAGCAAGUCAAUAGUUUAGAUAACAGCAUCUCCAAAGCCAGUGACUAUAUAGCCCAAAGGUAUGACUCACUGCAAAGACCAUACACCGUGGCCCUCGCAUCCUAUGCUUUGGCAUUAGCAGGAAGGCUGAACGAUGAAGCCGUGCUCAUGAGAGCAUCAACAGAUGGAAAUCGUUGGGAAGAAAGUAAUGCUCGCACCUAUAACAUUGAAGGCACCUCCUAUGGUUUGCUGGCCUUGCUGAAAAUGAAGAAGUUUAAUGCUGCAGGUCCUAUAGUCAGAUGGCUAACAGAGCAGAAAUAUUAUGGAGGGACAUAUGGACAAACCCAGGCGACCAUCAUGGUGUUCCAAGCUCUUGCCCAGUACCAUAUCGACAUUCCUCUCCAUAAGAACUUGAACCUGGACAUUGCUAUUAAAUUGCCAGAACGUGAAUUUCCAAUCCGUCACAGAAUUACGUUUGAUAAUGCCGUUAUGGCUCGAACAGCAGAGACCAAACUCAAUCAAGAUUUUACCGUACAAGCAACAGGCGAAGGAAAUGCAACAAUGUCCAUUGUGACAGUUUACAAUGCAAAGCUACGGGAAGAGGCAGCUCAGUGCAAGAAGUUUGAACUGCAAGUAUCUGCUGAAGAACUGCAGCUAAAUAGUAAAGAAGCAAAAGGAGCCCUGGGAGCAGUCAAGAUCAAAAUCUGCACUAGGUAUCUUGGUCAAGUUGAUGCCACAAUGUCAAUCAUUGAUGUCUCCAUGCUCACUGGGUUUGCACCAGACACUGAAGACCUUAAAAGGCUUUCUAAUGGAGUUGACCGAUUCAUCUCCAAGUUUGAAGUCAACAACCCCAUUUCUGAAAGAGGGAACCUCCUUAUCUACUUGGACAAGGUCUCUCACACACAGGAUGAAUGUCUGCAGUUUAAAGCUCAGAAGUAUUUUGAAGUUGGUCUGAUUCAGCCAGCAUCGGUCAAGGUGUACAGCUAUUAUAAUCUAGAUGAACAAUGCAUCAAGUUCUAUCACCCAUCUAAAGCAAGUGGCCUCCUCAACAAGAUAUGCCAAGGCGAUAUUUGUCGAUGUGCAGAAGAAAACUGCUUCUUGAAGAAGACCGAAGAUAUCGAUCUGCAGAAACGUAUUGCAGAAGCCUGCAAGCCAGGAGUGGAUUAUGUGUACAAAACCAAGCUGGUUCAAAUAGAAGAAGAAAAUGGAUAUUACAACUACAUCAUGGAAAUUCUGGAAGUGAUUAAAGCAGGGAGUGACGCGAAUGUCCAAGGCAAGCGCCGCAUGUUUAUCAGUCACAUGAAAUGCAAGGAAUCUCUGCAGUUGGAGGUGAACACAGCCUAUGUGAUCUGGGGUCUCAGCACGGACAUGUGGCCCACAAAAAAUGAUGUCAACUACAUUGUUAGCAAGGAUACCUGGAUUGAGAAAUGGCCAAGUGAUGAGGAAUGUGAUGAGGAGGAGUUCCAGGAACUGUGCAAUGAUUUCAUCGAGUUCUCCAAUUCAUUGACCAUUUUGGGCUGUCAGAAUUAACUACAGAAGCAUUGCCUGCAGCGGACAACUUGCUUAAGAUGGGUUUGAGCCAAUGCUCAACCUUAUCCCUGACGUUCCAGUUUCUUAUCGCUUUUACUCUCCUAUAUCCUCCUCCCUGAUUGUUUGUGUAUAAAAUAAAAGACUGAUUUCUCAC